AUGAGACUAGAAUACCACAGACAACAACUGUCAAACAAGAAAGCUCUCGUGGAGGGGGCCAUAGACGUGAGCGCGCUGGCGCCGAACGGAGAAGUGUGGUGCCCCGGGCCGGGGGCUCCUGGGAACCGGCCCCUGCUGCCGCUGCUGCUGCUUCUGCUCCUGCUGCCGCUGCCCGCCGGAGCCUGGUACAAGCACGUGGCGAGUCCCCGCUAUCACACCGUGGGGCGCGCCUCAGGUCUGCUCAUGGGGUUGCGCCGCUCGCCCUACCUGUGGCGCCGUGCCCUGGGUGGGGCCGCUGGACCGCUCUCCCCGGACUCUCUGGUCCCCGGGCGGGUCUCCGGCAGCGCUCUCCUCCUGCUUCCUUCACCGGUGAAGGAGCUGUGGGAGGCACGACGCAGGAGCUGGCGGGCUGACCCUCCCGUCUAUGCGCCCCGGAUUCCGGGGGACCUGGAGCGAGCCCGCCAACUGGAGCAGUCGCUGAGCCGCCGUUCCUGGUUCUCAGAGGAGUCCGCUAGAGCCCUUGGAGAGACGCUUCGCGCCCAGCCAUGGUUCCUGCAGCACAUCUUCAUUGCCCACCGUGUCAGGCUCCAGGACCGGUCCAAGAAUGUAUGGCGCCCCCAUGCCUGA